AAGCAGCCCGCGGGUGUCUGGCACCAGUGGGUCAGUGGGUCAUCAGCCGGAGAGUCUGCUUCGUGAAAAGCCCGGAGAUAAAUGAAGCGGGUCACGCUCUCCUCCCCAGAAGCAACAGGUCCCCCCCCCCCCACGACACGGCGGAACUGCGCCCUCUAGCGGACGCAUCCGGUGGCUCCACCGCGCCGCCGGACGUCGUCCAAACUUUUCCCCUCGACCUUUCGUCGUCGCUGCGUGGGCUUCGGCUCGCCGACUUUGAAGGACGUUCGCCAGGCGGAAGGAGAGGCGCGCGAUGAGCCCCGUGCUCGGCGGGAUUUCUCCGGCUGCAGUUCCCCCUCCCGCGAAGACGCUCCGGGGCAGUGCGCCCCGCUGAGCGGCGCUGGGGAAGAAGCAGCGCGUGGAGAACAGGAGUUGAGUCGGACCCGAGAACCGGACGAUUUCUGGAUCCGUUCGGACGCCGCGGACGGUCUGGAUUGAGUUAAAGUGCAACAAGCACCUGCAGGGCUGCACCAGUGGCCUGAAGAUCAUUACAGCAGUAUGGGCAACUUCUCCAGCAAGGACGGUCAUGGACCCACAGGUACAGUAGGGUCCCAUGGAGAGAGUUUCCACACUCCUCCUGCGUCUCCACAGAGCGACGGGGCCGUCCCCCCGCUCCUCCACCAUUCCUCACCCAAACCCUCCCAUGCCGCCCCAGCCUCCCCCCCGCCUCCGGUCCCCGUAGGUCCGUCCACCGGGAAAAAGCCGCAGCCGGGCCCGACUCCGAGCGCUCCAUGUGGGUCCAGUCCCGCUCCUCAAUGGAGGCCUCAGCCGGCGGUCGGCUCCGCAGUCGUCCCCCCGGUGCCGAACAAGCCGGGCGCUGGCGCAGGGACGGGACUGGCGUCUUCGGGGAGGAAUGGGGGUCCGCCAACCUCCACCCCGAGGACUGCGGCCUCCCCGGAGGCGAGCGCGUCGGUCGGCGCCGCCCGGUGCCCCUCGUCGCCGGGCUGCUCGAGCUCCGGGCCCGGCUGGAGGGAGAGGGACAGCGGCCUGAGUCAGUCCCUGCUGCCGGGCCACGAAGCCGGGGACGUCCAGGGCGAGGAGCUGGAGAAGCUGCUGGAGGAGUGCAGGGCCACGCUGGGAAUCAGGUCCAGUCAGGACGGGGCCACGAACGCAGAGGUGCUGAGGCAUCUGCUGUCAGAAGUGAAGAAUCUGAGGAGCACUUUGCAGACAGAGCGAGGGGAGUGGCUGCAGUUCCAGGCUGACCUCCAGGUGGCGGUGGCGGUGGCCGAUCGCCUCCGAGCCGAGGCCGAAGAGGAGCUGACGUCGCUGCGCGCGGCCCACGACGGCCUCAAGAAGGAGCUGGCCGUCGCCCAGCGAAGGCGGAAGGAGGUGGACGGGCGGGCGGACGCCCCGCGGGGGGAGCCGAGGGAGAGCGGGCGGAGGCCGGCUGCUCCCGGCGCCACCGAGGGCUCCACGGACUCCCCGUGUCCGGAACCAGAGAGGCCCGACGGCGACGCGGCCGAGAGCGGCGCCGGCAGGAGGGGCCGGGAGCGGGCGCCGUGCGGGUCGGGCCCCGACGGCGGGGGUCCGAGCGAGGCCGCGGACCGGAGGAGCGGGACCAAGCGGUGCCUGAGGAACGCGACCAACGAGGAGCGGAACGGGGACGAGGGGCGGCACGGCGAGGCGCCCAAGACGGCGGCCACGGAGAGGUCCAGAAGCCUGUCCAGGCUACCUGCCGCCUCAGACCCCCCCACCAUUCACAACGGAACCCAGCUCCGCGCUCCGACGGCCGCUGGGCCAACGAACAGGAACUUGGGGCAAUUGAGGGGCCAAAGAAGCCUGGAUUGGCUGGACAGCAGGUCAAGCGUCAGCACAGGGAAACGCGAGGAGUCUCUAAACAAGUACAACGCUGCUCUGAGCGAAUGUCCUCCCAACCACUCCCAGGACGGUUUCAACCUGCUGCUGCGUCGCCACAGAGGCUCCAAGAGAAACUCUCUGCUCCGCUGGUGUCAGAACCAGACCCAGGGCUAUAAGAACAUUGACAUCACCAACUUCAGCAGCAGCUGGGCCGACGGCCUCGCGUUCUGCGCCGUCUACCACAGCUACCUCCCCUCGCACAUCCCGUACAGCGCUCUGACCCCAGAGAACAAGAGGGAAAAUCUUGGUCUCGCGUUCAAAACAGGAGAAAGUGUUGGCAUUGCACAAACGCUGACAUUGGAGGAGGUGUUGAGGGCAGGUGGUCCCGACUGGCAGCGGGUCCUGAGCUACGUGGAGAGCAUGUACCGCCACUUUGAGAUGUGAGCGCCGGAGGCGCUGGCAAACGGGCCAGAAAACGGGACGUGGACAUUUAUGGUGAAGGGUGUCGUCUGAACGCAGCGCUGUUUCUUCCACCGCCUGGAAAUUGGAGGAAUCCAUUGAACAGUUUCAAGCACACUAUCAUCAGCUGCUCCAAUGUACCGAUCCGGCAUCUGGACCACUGUAAAGUACAUGCAGGCGUUGUGUUCACGCCCUGUACGGUCACAUGUUAUCAACAGAGCAGACGUUUGUAACACUGGAUGGAAAUCUUGUUUCCUGUUUAGCUGUUGUUGCCCUAUUUUAUGAUUAAGACGCCACUUUUUCGGUUUUGAUCUUCAGUAAACGCAGCUCGAUGAAGGAGGUGAUGUGGAAAAGGUGCAGAGAGUCAGUUUUAUUGGCAGUGUUACUUCCUGUACAGCUGUUGCAAAAUGAAGGCAACGUGUGGUGUUCGUUUUAGCGCAGGGUCCAGUACUGGACUGGCAGAUGCUGUAAAUGUGUACUUCACUGGCAGAAAGUACUGUACAUCAUGACCUUCAUCGUGUGUUUUUUACUGCCCAACUUAUUCCCCUCUCAGCUUUGCAUAUAGAAGCUGCAGGGAUCCUUCGGUUUCCCGGCCGGUGUAGCGCUCUAUGAAUACAGUAAGCACUUUGUGGACCGGGUCCGUGCACAGUGUUGUGGUCAUUGAGCAGCAGCGAUGCAGCCCAGUAAAGACUGCUGCUGUGCGCUGGUCAAGCUGUUUUUAUUUGAAGUGCCUUCAUGCUCCUGCAGGGCUGCAGACGCACCGAUCCACACUCCUGCUGCACCAGUACAGAAAACAGAAAACAGCAGUUUGAUCUUUUUUUGCCAAAGAUGAUGGAAAUAUGUCAUAACUUUUUAUUGAAAACUUUGUAUGUGAUCAAUUUGUAUAAAACAGUCAAAGAAAUAAAAUGUUAUUUACAUGAAA